GGCAGUGGGCUCCGAGUCAACUGGCAAGACUGCGGGCACCGAGCCAACUGGCGGAACAGCGGGCUUCGAGUCGUCUGGCAAGACUGCGGGCACCGAGUCGUCUGGCAAGACCGCGGGCACCGAGUCGUCUGGCAAGACCGCGGGCACCGAGUCGUCUGGCAAGACCGCGGGCACCGAGUCAACUGGCGGUCAACUGGCGGAACAGCGGGCAUCGAGUCAACUGGCAAGACUGCGGGCACCGAGUCGUCUGGCAAGACUGCGGGCACCGAGUCGUCUGGCAAGACUGCGGGCACCGAGUCGUCUGGCAAGACUGCGGGCACCGAGUCGUCUGGCAAGACUGCGGGCACCGAGUCGUCUGGCAAGACUGCGGGCACCGAAUCACCAGGCACGACAGUGGGCUCUGACUCAAUUGGCACGACAGCGGGCACCGGGUCAUCAGGUACCGGAUUGUCUGGCUCGACAGCGGGCAUCGGGUCACCAGGCAUCAGGUCAUUUGGCUUGCCAGCGGGCACCGCGUCAUCUGGCAAGGCAGUGGGCACCGGGUCACCAGGC